GUCUCCUGGACCAUAUAAUAGUUAUCAUCCCAGCUGCUUUGUGCUCAUCAUCUCUUUUCUUUUUUAAUCUCUCUGUGUAAUCGAGUGAGAAACGAGACAACAGCAAUGGGAAAGUCUUUCAAGGAUGAGUUCACUUUUGAGCAAAGGCUGGAAGAAUCACAAGAUGUUAUUGCCAAGUACCCCCUUCGAGUUCCCGUUCUCGUUGAAAGAUACUGCAAAACUGACCUUCCUGAGAUGGAAAAGAAGAAAUAUCUGGUUCCUCGAGACAUGUCUGUUGGGCAAUUCAUUCACAUUUUAAGCAGUAGGCUUCGUUUGACACCUGGGAAAGCCCUCUUUGUGUUUGUCAAGGAUACCUUACCUCAAACAGCUGCUUUAAUGGACUCCGUUUAUGAAUCCCUGAAGGACGAAGAUGGAUUUCUAUACAUGUGUUAUAGCAGUGAAAAAACCUUUGGUCAUACUGUUCCGAUUAGUUAACAAUUGAAUGUCACUGUCUCCAUUGUGGAUCAGUGUUUAAAGUCCCCCUUACUGCUACAUGAACUUGUUCCUCUGAUAUCUGUAAAUCCUAUAAAAAAAACAAAACAUCAAUGUUAUCUGUUGUGUUUUCUGGCCAAGGAAAAAAAACUGCAUCUUGCGAACCUGGGAAA